AUGUUAGAUCAAUAAAUUGAGAAUGACUCUCCUAAAGUAAAAAAUGUUGAAUUGGCUAUUUCAAACAAUGAAUUUUAGAUUCUCAAAAUUUCAACAGAAUCCACAUCAUACGAAACAAGAUCAGAAUAACCAUAAGGAAUGCGAAUUAAAACUUUAGAAUAUCAAUUCAAGCUAGACGAUCAUUUUAAUUAAUUGUAUAGAUGCACUCUGCAAUAGAACAACUAAAUAAUAAUAUAUGAAAAGAAGACAAAAAAAAUCUACUUUCAAGGCAAUACAGAAAAAGCCCCGAAAGAUGCAUACUUCAGUUCUGAACAUAUUACUAAAGACAAUUAAGGUUAAUAUUAUUUCAAUUAAUUGAUUACAAAAGAGGCAAUUACAUAGGAAUCAUAUGAAAUUAUUGAUGCUUUCGCCUAAUAUUUAAAUCAACAGAAUUUAAAUUAAUAUAUCAAAGACAAUUCAAAUUAGGCCAAAAAAGGUAAGACACUAAUUUUCUUUCCUAGUUCCAUUUUAAAUUAAGAAAUGAAUUAAAAGUAAUUUAUGGAAAAAUACUAAAACUAUGUUUUUUAAUAUGAACAAAUUAAAUAUGAUUUGGAAUUAAUUUAUGAGAAUCUCUUCUUUAUUACGACUAGUUCAGAUAAUCGGGAGUACUUUUAUAUUGAACUCAAUUUUUCAAAUAGCAUCAUGAAAAUUCAUCUUCUAAAUGAAAAAUAAACCAAGUAUUAUUAACGAUAGAUUGAAUUGUUAUAAGGACUUUAUCCUAAAUUUACACAGAUUAUAAUAUGUGCACAGUGCAAAUUGAAUAAAAAUUCAAAGCAACCCUAUUUAGAAGUAUGUAUGAAUAUGUUGAGAGAAUCCUAAAAUAAAGAGCUGAUAGAAAAAAUAAAAUAAAAGGAUUAAUUAUUACAACAUCUAUAAUCAUUAAUUAAUUUAUGA